UCGUCUUCCUCCGGCCGGCAUCCCCACCAAUCUCCGCAUCCUCCACCGAGUUCCCCACUCCCCAGUGUCGGUCGCAAUGGACACCUCCGUCUCCUCCUCCUCCUCCUCGCCGCUUCUCCGGCUUUCUCGAAACUCCACCAGCCCGAGAUCGACCGUCAACCCGGGUCCUCGCGUGGCCCCGGCCCGCGGCGGCGGCCGCCAGCUCCCCGCCGUCACCCGCCUCCGCGCCAUCUCACCGUCUCCAUCUCCGACGCCGCCGAUGGAGACCUUCGGCUUCGAGGCUCUCAAGGAGACCUUCUCCGUGGACGUGUCCGCGGCGGAGGCGCGCCCGCUCGACGUGCCGCUGGCGGCGCCCUUCACCAUCGCGUCCUCGCGCCUGGAGUCCGUCUCCAACGUCGCCGUGCGCGUCGAGCUCUCCAGCGGCGCCGUCGGCUGGGGCGAGGCCCCCGUCCUGCCCUCCGUCACCGCCGAGGACCAGCCCGCCGCGCUUGCCGCCGUCGGCCGCGCCUGCGCCAAGCUCGCCGGCGCCCCCAGCGCGCCCCUCGGCGCCGUGCUCGAGGACGUCGCCGCCGCGCUCCCUGGACACGCCUUCGCCUCGGCCAGAGCAGGAGUGGAGAUGGCAGUGAUUGAUGCAGUUGCUAAUAGCAUCCGCGUACCUCUGUGGAGAUUAUUUGGAGGAGCAUCAAAUAGCGUGACAACUGACAUCACGAUUCCAAUCGUGACACCAAAUGAAGCUGCUCAAUUGGCUGCAAAAUAUCGAGGACAGGGGUUUCAAACUCUAAAGCUCAAAGUAGGGAAAAACUUGAACUCAGAUAUAGAAGUUCUGAAGGCUAUACGUCUUGUCCAUCCUGAUUGCUCAUUUAUUUUGGAUGCAAAUGAAGGGUAUACAGCAAAUCAAGCCAUUGAAGUUCUUGACAGACUAAACGAAAUGGGAGUGACUCCUGUACUCUUUGAGCAACCAGUUCAUAGAGAUGAUUGGGAAGGCCUCCGUGAUGUUAGCACUGCUGCCAUGGAGAAAUACAGAGUUGCUGUUGCUGCUGAUGAAAGUUGUCGGGGUUUACUUGAUGCUCAGAAAAUAAUAAAUGGAAAUCUUUCUCAUGUUAUUAACAUCAAACUGGCAAAGUUAGGGGUUCUUGGAGCCCUCGAAGUAAUUGAUGCUGCGAGAAAGGCUGGUAUUGCACUGAUGAUUGGUGGUAUGGUCGAGACUAGGAUUGCCAUGGGCUUUGCUGGUCAUCUAGCUGCUGGGCUUGGUUGUUUCAGUUUUAUUGACCUGGACACACCUCUUUUGUUGUCUGAAGAUCCAGUUUACGGUGGCUAUGAAGCUUCUGGACCUCUCUACAAGUUCACGAAUGCCCGAGGUCAUGGUGGUUUCCUUCACUUGGACAAUAACAAUGGAUCAAAAUGAAGAAUGGUUAAGGCACGCCUCUGCUCUUCCGGAACUUCAUAAAGCAUAUCAACACACGCAGUGUAAAAUUAUGACAUUCGAAGACUUGUCAGGUGGAACUGAAAUCAAACAAGCAACUGUGACUCCGUGGCAUGAAAAGUUCCAUCUAUGAUCUAUGUAAUGUUGCAAGUCCAGUGAGGCCUUGAGUAUUUAUGAUCAGGCUGUAGAUAGAUGUUCAGAAGGCCUCCUCUAGUUUGGCUGGCAUUGUUGUUGUAUCAAAACAAAAUAGUGCAGUAACUGCUCCACAGAUGUAUAAGUACCGCGAAAGCAGACCUUCAUAAGCUACAAAGAGUCUGUUCUCCUUGUAUUCGCGUCAGUCUUAAUAAUGUUUUCACGAUGAACUGUGCUUCA